UUUCAUGCAGAUUAAACUUCAAAGUUAAAUACAAUUGAACUGUACUUGGGCAGUAAUUCUUUUGCCACAAGUCGUACAGAGACCACACUAAGAAUCACUUCUCUACAGUACAGUACUAGACAUGUCAUUAACUCAAACAGUCUAAUUAAAGCGAAAUGUAAAAUUUUAAUAAUAAUGUCAUUGUUUUUGUUAUAAACCACAAAAACAACUACAUUUCCUGGAGUUUCUCUUUUUUAAACCCAUGGUAAAAUAUAGAUCUAAUUAGGAUAAAGAGUAAUUUAGCAUGUGAAACGUUCUGUGAGUGUGGAUUAUCUCUUAAUACUGGUGUCACCCGUGUUGUUUGAACCAAGCAAGUUCAAAGGAUUAGGCCUGGCCCGUAAAUUCCCCAAUGAUCCCUUGGAGGACCUUAAAUGUCUCAUUAGGAUAAUUGCCCUUUGGGCAAUCACUCAUAAUAAUUGACUGCGAUUUUAAUUAUUAUUUUUUAUGCCCAUCUUGCUAUAAAACACAAGAAACAUCUCAAUUUAAGGGUAAUUCUGAGAAUCUGAGGUUUAAAAAAACAACAACAAUUGUUUAUUAUUAUUUCGCCAUUAUGGUGGCCGUCAAGCAACAGACACAAACCAUGCACUUCUGGGGUUGGCGUGAUUUAAAUCCCUGGCCCGAGUGAGGCGGGCGGGGCAAAGCAUCCUCCCAUCGAACCAAACACAAAUCUGGGCGGAGAAACGUCACCGGACGACCCCACAUGUCGCGUUGGAUUUACGGCUGUCCGCGUCUGUCCACGCCGGAGGAGAAAUCUCGCUUAAACUUCUCUGGAAAUGUACAACUCACGAAAACUAUGGACGAAAUAUUAUUUUAACACCGCUUCAAGAGGUCUUGCGAAUGAAACCUGAACCCACCUCCCGUGUAAAAGGUGACGGUCAUAAAUUCACCACAGAAAGUGAAGGACUUCCAUGCCAAACCUGGGGAGCCACUCCCGCCCCAGGUUGCUGGAAUGGAGCAACUCAUCGAGUCGAUAGAAAGGAAGUUGCAAAGACCCAUCCUGGCCAAGUCUCGCACCCUACCCAGCAUCCCUCAGUCGCCGCGAGUGUCCAGGGUGCAUCACUCUGAUCUCAUCGGAGGAAGUCCUCCUCGCAGAAAGAACCCACCACCCACUGCCAGCAACCCAAAAGCCUGCACACUGCCACCUGCAGGCGAACUGUGGCGCUUGGAGGAUGACUUGGAGGUUGAAGACGAGCCAGAGCGAGGGGAAGCCAGACCUCGCUCCCAGUCGCCCUUUUCUCACUUCCGGGCACGUGCCGCAUACCUCCGUAAAAGCAUCUCCGCUGAUAACCACCUGGACAUGAACUGCGACUACAGCUCAGGGACUGCAGUGGAGGACAAGCCCGCCCGCAGCAGUAAGGCGAAGCUGAAACGGAAAUUUAGUCUGGGCUCGGUUGAUCGCAAGGAGAAUCAACACAAGAAGUCGGAAUUUGGAAUCUCGAAGUUUACCCAUCGUCUCUCCCUCAAAGAACGUCCAUCCAAAGUCGAAAAGACCGCGUCGGAACGAGCACAUUCCUACAGGCGACGCUCCCUUAGUGUGGAUUGGGCCGAUUCAACCACGAUGACGCAGCCCAUGAGGGGGGACCAGGUCCACCAGCCGACCCCGGCCCGCAAGUCAGCCAGCUUGUCCUCGCCAAGUGCGGCUCGCCGCCUGUACCGCAACUUGUCUGGAAAGUUCCGUGUGAGCACCAACCCCUCUGCCUUGGAGGACAGUGUGUUGUCGGGACGGGGAGGAGACAAGGAGAGGCUGCGCAAAACCACCAUUUUCCAAAGCAAUGAAGCGCUGUUUGAAGCAGUGGAGCACCAGGAGUUGGACUUGGUGCAGCUGCUGCUCUCCCAGUACAGCUUAGAGGAGCUGGACCUCAACACCCCAAACAGCGAAGGCCUACUGCCCCUCGACAUCGCCAUCAUGACCAACAACGUGCCCAUGGCCAAGCUGUUGCUCCGCGCCGGUGCCAAAGAAAGCCCCCACUUUUUCAGCUUGGAGGGCAGAGCGGUCCAUCUGGCCACCUUGGUGCAGGAGGCCGAGCAGCGCGUAUCGGAGCUUCAGACCCAAGUCGGCAGCGAGGGUCCCGGAGAGCGGGAGGGAUCGGACCGGGAGAGGCAGCUCAAGGCCUGGGAGUGGCGGCUGCGGCUCUUCAGACGCAUGCAGACGGGCUUCGAACACGCAAACCCUCCAGACGUCCCCAGCGCAGCGCGCUUGUCUGUCAGCAGCAGCACCAGUCUGACAGUUGAUUUCCAGGAACCUCAAUCCGUCAACUCGGCUGUGGUUACCAAAUACAAAGUGAGCUGGAGCGCCACGCUGUCCUUCAGCUCUGUGCUGGGAGAGGUGGUGGUGGAGGACACGACUGUUCUGCAGUACAACAUCACUGGACUCACCUCUGGGACCCCCUACUACGUCCAGGUGUCAGCAUACAACAUGAAGGGUUGGGGGCCAGCACUCGCUUCGACCCCCGCCUGUGCCGCUCCUUCCAAUUGGAGGGAUGUCGACGACCGUGCUCCCCGCCAAGGAGGCCAGGAGGAGGUUCUAGACCAGCUGCUUGCCCAAAUAAAAGAUGCCCAUCAGAGCUGUGUCUGCCACGAACAGUGCAAAGCGCCAGCACAGGGCAGAAAACAUUCUGUCUCCAAAAGCCUGCGUCACCUCUUUCAACCCAACAGCAAAUUUGUCAAAAGCUUGAAAAGAGGACUUUAUUUGACAUCCAUCUUCUACAGAGAUGACAGUAUCCUGGUGACUCCCGAGGACCAGAUUCCCAUCGUGGAGGUUGAGGAUUCCUACCCCAGCUCCCUGAUGCAGGACUUCCUCUGGUUUACCAAGGUAUCCUACUUGUGGGAGGAGAUUCCCUGGCUACAGCAGUGUCUCAAUCCCACACAGUCGGCUUGUUCCUGCACCCUGCAAACACGCCUCAAGAUGCUCCAAGCUGUCUCUCAUCUCCAGGGCAUGCUGGGAACACAAGACCUGGGUCAAGUGUAUUUCGAGCCAAUCAAAGACAAGCACGGUAACGUCCUUCUGGUGCUCCUGAAGGACAUGAAUGCUUCUCAGAACCUGGACGGUGUGCGUUGGAUGCAGCUUUGCAAAUUGCAGCUACAACGCAAGUCCAUUUCCUCCCCCGAGGAGCCCACCGCUCUGGACAUGCUCCUCAUCACGCUGCACGAGAAGCUUGCUUAUCACCGGCGGAGCAGGAAGCUCUUGUCUCCUGGCUUGUACCUGGGAUAUUUGAAGCUGUGCACCUCCGUGGAGCAGAUCAGAGCGCUGGUACCCCAGAAGCUCCCCAACGUCCUCUGUCACACCAAGAUACGAGACAACAGUAACGUCUCCAGAGAGGAGUGGCAAUGGCUGCAGGCCCUCAGCUCCCUGGAGGAGACGAUGGAGACGGAGGCCAGCGCGCAGAGCGGCCCGCGUCCCCUCCUGCACGACCUGCGUAGCGCCAUCAAGGAUCUGAUCGCCCACAUUAAUGUCCCCGGCAACCAGGCACAGGACUUCCGGAUCUAUACUCAGGAAGUGUUGGAGUUUGGAGACAAGGUGUCCUUCCUUCUUCUCCUGCCUCCGAGCGAUGAAGUGUGCACAGCUCCCGGUCAGAAUAAUCCCUACUCGCCCCGCUCGGGCUUCCUCACGCUGCCCCUGCAGAUCUUUGAACUGGUCCACUUUAACGCCUAUUGCCCCGGUUUCAUCGGCCAAUACUGCCGGGUGUCCGCCUUGCUCGAGCUGGAGUCGCUCAUGUCCCAGCAAGCCCUGAGGGAGGCUUUCUCUGAAGAAGAGCUCGCCGCUGCCAAGAAGAAGCACCAGCAGCUCCAAGAACACAUUCAGCAAAUGGAGGAGGUGUGGCGUGACGCCAGGUGGAUCAUGGAGGCCUUGCAGUACGCCCGCUACAAACAGCCGACGGGAGGCAUAUCCAUCGGCGGCUUGAUCGACUUCUCCAAGGAUGUGAUGCCUGACAAGCCCACCUCCACAUCCUCCCAGCCCGACUUCAUGCCCUCGCCCUUGCCUUCACCAGAACCUUGCCGCAAGCACUCAGACUUUGCAGGCCUGUCGGACGAGGAAGGCUCCUCCGAGGUCUUCCUCACCACCGACAGCGACUACGACUCCAGCCGGGCCCAGAGCCCCCGCGAGCUGGACCUGCUGCCCCCGUCCCCGCUCUCUACCUCCGCGCCCCUGGAGCCCCGCGGCUUCCUUCGCAGCGACGGCAGCGGCUCAGGAGUCGGGAUCGGCAGAGGCGGACAAGGGGGAGGAAGCGGCGCCCUGAGGGACUCCACGCCCGACGUCCUGCAGGCUUCGGAGCAGCAGCGAGGCCGGGAACUCGGGCGGUGCGGAGGGGGUGUCUGCUGCGGGGCCGAGCGGCGGCGGGGGCCUCCUGAGCUUUUUGACAGCGACUUCAUCCUGCCAAGCCGGCAGAUUGAGCUGUUACACAUCACAGAGAAGCGACAGGCUUUCUGCGUGCGCACCAGUAGCCUGGAGUUCCCUUCGGCCAUGUCCGCCAACCACCAGUCGUACUCGCGUCAUGCUUCUUCACCGGCCACUUCGCCGCAGCAACGUUGGCACAGACCCUCGUCAGUGGACCGCUGUUGCUCGGCCGAACGUGGCCCGCAACAACGCCCGCCUGCUCGGACGCUAUCGGAGGACAGUGGCACCCAGCAGCUCUCGUGCCCGCGGCCGGCCGUCCACAGGAAAGGCUGCCACGCCACGCUCCGAGUGUACCCACAGUACCGCACCGGCCUCCCCAAGGAGACCAGUGUCAAGCUUUGCGUGACUCCUUGCACGUCAGCGGGCGAGAUGGUCCAGCUGGUGGUACAAGAGAUGAACCUGGUGUCUCAGCAAAUGCUUGGCGGCGGCGAUCAGGAUCAAGACGCCUUCUACGGCCCCGAACAGUUGAAGCACUUUGGCCUCGUGCUGGUGGUGGACGAGCGGGAAAAGUGGCUGCAGGACGACUUCUGUCCGCUGGAGCUGCAAAACCCCUGGCUGAGGGGUAAGUUGUGCGUGCGCAUUAAGGCCUACUCGCCCCUCGCUCUCAAACACGGCCGAGCCACCACAGUGUGACGCUUUUAAUUCAAAGACUGUGGUGUUAUUCAAAAUGACUUUUCCUCUGGAGGAAAAAUUUAUGGCUUCUUAUAGGAAAAUCCUUGAUUCUGAGCUUUGAAAAUGAUACAGGCUUCCAUCGAAAACGUAUCCUCUAGCCUUGUGUCCACCAACCAUCCAGUGUAUAGUCGACACGCUGUAGCUCCAACGUUGGAUCUUAUAAAAUAUAUAUAUAUAUAUAUCACUCAAACCAGCAGAUUGCAGUUUAUAAACAAGCAAUACUUUUUAUUUUCAAUGAUGAACAAAACAUCUUCCUAGAAUUGUGCAGAGUGCAUCUUUUCAAUUACCCUUGUUAUGCCGUGCUAAAAACUUGACCAGUUCAGUGUUCUGCUGUUUUGAUAUUACCCACAGUGCACCAGGAAGCGGUGCCCAUCCUUCCUCAUGAGGACUUGAAAGGUGCUUUUCUUUUCAGAGGGGCAACAAUAACUUAAAAAAAAGAAAAAAAAUAUGUAAAACAUUUCUGGGACAAACCACGAAAAAGCUCCUGACAUUCUCCACAUUCCGUUCAAAUAACUGUUUACACCUCUCACUUGGAUAAAAUUUUUCCGGACAUAUUUUCAUCAAAAAGAGGCUUUUUUUGUGCUUGGCGGUAUCGCAAAAUAUUUGUAGCAGGAGGUGCAGGUUACUAUGACAACCUCUGCUGUUCACGUGAGGAAAGUGUUUACAAAUUUUACUGAAAGAACAAAAAGUGUGGUCACGUGCUUCUACUGUAUGUUGAAAAAAUUGUUUAAAGUUGUGUUUUAGGUUUUAAGAAUGGCUUAUUUUCCUGUGUGAGUGCUUAGCUUCUUUUAUGUUGUUUAAAGUGUUAUUGUUGUUUCUUAUGAGGGCCGAUUGCAAAAAAAAAAAAAAGAUGGGGGGGGAAAGUCAUGUGGACACCUGUGUAAAUAGAGAGAUGUAUUGAAUGUACGUUAAAGACAUAAGAUGGUUCGGAGCCGAGGGGCGUCUCAUAAACGUGUUUGUUAGCCUCGUGUUUACAAAGAGCUGUUUGGUGGAUCCAUCAAGCAAAA